AUGUCCAACAACAUCUCACGCCCCACGAAUACCGCAAUGGCCUCCCACAUCGAGCCCCCCAGCAACCUCGCCCAAGUACCCACCGACCCCAAAGACCGCCCGCGAUACACUCCCGAAGAGCUACAGACAUACUUCACCCGCAUAUCUCUCCCCUCACCCUACACCACCUCCCCAGUCCUCACAGACCCCUCCCUUGCCCAAACAAAAGAACAUGGCCUCCCGCUAAUCCACGCCAUGAUGCUGCACCAUCUCUCCACCGUCCCUUUCGAGAACCUCGAACUCCACUACUCCGCCCACAAAACCAUCAGCCUCAACAUGGACGACCUGUUCGAGAAGUUCGCUCGCAACGGGCUGAAGUACGGCCGCGGAGGGCGGUGCAUGGAGAACAACUCCUUCUUCGGCACGGUCCUGCGCUCUCUGGGCUACGAAGUCCGGAACUGUGCGGGUAGGGUCUCGAGAGCCAUGAAUGAGGACUGGUGGGUCGUGGACGUGGGAAUGGGGAGUAUGGGGCCACAAGUCCCUUAUCCGCUGCAAGAUGGGUACGAGCAGGUCGCUGUGGCGCCGAGGAGGAUACGGUUGCAGUUACGGCCGAUUGCGGAGAGCUAUGCGAAUGCUGGGAACGGUGUGGAGCCGCCGAAGUUGUGGUGUUAUGAUGUCUGUUUGAAACCUGGGGCGGCAGGAGGCGAUGUAUGGACGCCGCAUUAUUGUUUCACGGAGAUGGAGUUUCUGCCGCAGGACUAUGAGAUGAUGAGUUGGUUCACUUCGACGAACAAGAAGUGCUUUUUCGUGUAUUCGGUGGUUUGUAUGAAGAUGUUGCUUGAUGAGGCAAAGGAGAAGAUUGUGGGGAAUAUCACGCUGUUUAAUGAUAAAGUUACGAGGAAUGUAGGAGCGGAGCGAGAAGUGCUGAGAGAGCUGAAGACUGAACAGGAACGCAUCGAUGCAUUGCGAGAGUACUUCAACGUCGAGCUGACGGAGGAGGAGAAGGAGGGUAUUUCGCCAGAUUUCAGACUACAGUCUUGA